AUGGCCAUGAACAUCCCCCUCCAACAACAGCAGCAGCAGGAUCAGCAGCAGGACCAGUCCCUCUUGGUCAAGCAAGAACCCCAAUUGAAACAAGAACCUGUGCAGCUCUCAACUCCCCAGUAUCAUCAACAGCAGCCCCAGCAGCACCAGCACUUCCAAUCCAUGUCGUCCUACUCUUCGCAACAGCAGCAGCAACAGCCUUCCAACCAAAGCCAGCACCAGACCUAUGGCAAUUUCCAUGGAUCGUCCAACAGCUCGAUGAACUCAUUCUCGGCACUGCCCCCCAACCCAUACAGCCUCAACAGCCACCUCAUGGGGUUGAGCAUGCACAGUGGAUCAUCCACUCCUACCUCGGGUGGUGGUCUGAACUCGUCGUCGCUUGCCCCAACCCCCACGAGUUCUGGUAUGAUGGGUGGCAAUACCAGUGGAUCCACGACGCCAUCCAUGGCCCAUGCAUCUGCUCCAUCCUCGCCGAGGUUAAGCGGUCUGCAGUACGGCUAUAAUCAAGGAGGAUCCAGUCUCUAUCAUCAGCACCCCUACCAGCAUCAGCAGCACUCCAGCCAACAUCAAUACCAAUCGCAGCAACAGCCACACCAACACUCGAAUUUGUCAUCAAGCAACUUGACCUCGAGUUUCUACCCGGCAUCGCCUCCCCACCAGCACCAGCAGCAGUCGUACCAGUCGCAGCACCAAUCGCAACAGCAAGCAGGAUCAAGCACCCCCUCGUUCAACACUUUGCCCCCAGCUCCUCUUCGGCAAACGCCCCAGUAUGCGCCACUUGUCCCUCCAUUGACAGAUGCCCAGUAUGCGCAAUACCACCAGCUGCUGGGAUCUGCAUUCAGCUCUGCAGCGUCGACUCCCUACCAUUCCAACCAGUCAACGCCCUACAGCUCGAUGCCCACCUCGCCUACACUGGAAUAUCAGCAGCUUUCUGACCCCAGCCUCGCACAAAAGCCUAAGCGACGACAGGUCAAAAAUGCAUGUGUAAACUGCCAGAAGGCCUGCAAGAAGUGCGACGAGGGCAGACCUUGCACACGCUGCAUCAAGUACGGCCUCUCUGACACCUGCGUCGACUCGACUCGUAAGGUUCGCAAAAAGGGUGUUAAGCGUGGACCCUAUAAGCGCAGACCCCCACCCACCCAGAUUGGAUCAGCAUCUGCCUCAACAACGCCUACGUUGAGUCAUGCGGUCCUGGCAGGUGGACCCGUCGGAUACAUGUCAGAGCCAGUGACAGCGAUGAGCAGCCCCACCCAAUCGCAUAUGCUCCCCUUUACGUCGUCAGCAAUGAAUCAGAUGUCAGGACCUCUGGAUUUUGGAUACACCAACACUGGAUCAAGCACGGGUUAUUCCUUCCAGACCCAUACCCAGAGAAUGGACAGCAACAGCAACAACAACUAUGCGCCUACAUACACUACUAGCUACUCUGGAUCUAGCCUGUACGCCAACCCCUACGGCAUGAGCGACAACGGGAACAUAGGCAACACUGGCAACGGAAACAACAACCUGCCGUAG